AUGACACAAUUAAAUUCUAAAAUUGAUGAAUUAACUCGAUUAACAGAAUCUGAAUAUGAAUCUAGUAAAACAGUGAAUCUCUUUCAAUAUUUUGAUAAAAUCUAUACAUUAUGUUAUGGCACAUCAAAUUUUCAAAUAUUAAUUGAUACAUUAAUACAAAAGAAAUAUACAAAACUUUGUUAUCCAAUAUUUAAACGUAUACAUACGGAUGUAUUUAAAACUCAAGAACGUUGGCAUAUUACUUAUUAUUUACUUCAUUCAUUAUGGAAUUAUACGGAUAAAACAAAUGCAAUGUGUUUUGCUGUUGUUGAUGCACAAUUUAUACCAAUGUUUAUUCCUAAUUUAAAUCAGGAUAAUUAUUUAAAACAUUUUUCUUCGAAUGAUGCAAUAAAAAAAUUAUAUGAUAUGAUUAUUUCAAUUUUACAUAAUAUUGCACAAGUACCAGAAUUAAUUGAUGAUUUAAGACAAAAUCGAUGUAUAGAAACUUUAAAUCAUGUAAUUCAAACAGUUGGUUCAUAUAGUACUUUUCUUAAAGGAAUAUCUUAUUUAACUCUUGCAUAUAUUAUUCGAGAAGAUGAACGUACUUAUUUAACAAAUUCCAAUGAAUCAAUUCCUUAUCUUGUUGGUCUUUUACAUGAAGCAAUUAAUACUGUAGAUCGUCGUUCACAUGGAUUAGAAGCACAUGAAUUAUGUAAAGGUUUAUCAAAAUUAUCUGUUGCUAAUGAUAAUAAAUAUAAAAUUUUUUCGGAAUCAAAAUUACUUGAUAGUUUAUUAAAUAUGCUUGAACAACAUACAAAUGGUAAAGAACAAAUAUGUGCUUGUACACUUAUCUGGAAUUUAUGUUUUGAUCAAAAUGUUCGAAAAGUUUAUAAUGAACAUAUGAAAUUAAAUCAAAUUUUAACAACUAUUGCACAAACAUCAUCGAAUGAUGAAUUACGACGAACAGCAUCUGGUUGUUUAUGUACAUUAAUGGGUGGUCCAACAACAACAAAGAAAACUUCAUCAACCACAACAACAACAUCAACAACAGGAAAUAAAGAUAUAAUGCUUUCAUAUAAUCAUGAUGUUCAACAAUUAUCAAAGCAAAUAAAAGAUCAUUUAGUUGCUGAUGGAUAUAAUGUUUGGAUUGAUGUUGAAAGGAUGCAUGGAAAUAUACUUGAUGCUAUGGCAGAUGCUAUUGAAAAUUCAACAAUUUUUCUUAUGUGUUUGACUGAAAAAUAUAAAGAUUCGCCAAGUUGUCGAUUAGAAUGUGAAUAUGCCUAUCUACGAAAAAAAACUAUUAUUCCACUUCUUCUUCAAGCUAAUUAUAAACCUGAUGGUUGGCUUGGUAUUAUUGUUGGUAAUAAAUUAUAUGUAAAUUAUGCAAAAAAACCAUUUGAAGCAGCUUAUUCAGAAACACUUGCUGAAUUACAAGCAGUUCUUAAUCGAACAGAAAGAAAACCGACGGUGUCACCAUCGAAAAAACCUGCACCUCCACCUCAACCAUCAUCAACAAUAAAUGAAACGACAACUACAACAUCGAAUGCUCCUCCAGGUGCUUUAGCUCAUUUAAUGUCACAAUUGCGAAUAGACAAACCAUCAGAAGCAAAACCGAUUUUAUCAACAAAUUUAGAAAAAAUGUCAAUUACAGAUACACAACAUUUAUUAGCUGAAAAUGGAUUAGAAAAAUUUAUGCCAAUGUUUAUGGAUAUUGAUGGUGUUAAACUAAUGAAGUUAUUUGAAAUUAAGAAUAAGGCACCACAAUGUUAUUAUAUGUUAAUCAAAGAUCAAUGGGAUCAAAUGAAUCAAGCUAAAGAACGAAGUCGAGAUACAUCAUCUCCUGUUCGAAUGUUAACAAUAUCUACAUCGAUGGCUCAAUUUAUUCAAUUAACAGUUGCUCUUGAUAAAUUAGCUGAUCGAUAUUCAAUGAAUUAA